AUGCGAAUACAAUCCGGUGGAAUCACGCUACUGCUGUCCACUGUGCUGCCCAGUUUAGGUGCGGCGCUGACCUUCGAUUGCGCCCACAUCAACGUCGACAAGUACAAGUACGAUUUCAGUCCCCUGGGCGGCGUCCAUGAGCUAUACCAUGUCAACGAGACGGAAUCUGCCGUGACAAAUACGACCUACGUUCUCAACAUUUGCAAAAGCCUGGGCACCAAGGCUUCAGACCGUGGCGAUGAUGGGAAGUGUGGAUCGACCAAGCGAAUCUGCGGCUUCGUGAAUCGACACCCGACCAACGGCAACGGCAGCAAGCGCUUCGGCUUCCCGAUCGUCGGCCUCGAGCACAUGGGUGGGGGCUCGAUGGAGCCAGAGCUCACGCGACUAGCCACCAUCGACCCCGAAACCCAGGGUGUCCGGGUCAAGCUUGCGGGCGGCGAAUUCCGAGGAGACGACGACGAGGGAAAGAAGAAGGAGGCAGCAGCCGUGAUCGAUUUUACAUGUGACCCCGACCGGUCUGGACUGGAAGGACUUGUCACGGAGGAAGACAGUGCGGAUGCAGAUGAUGAGAAACGUCGCCGCGAUGAAAACAGUGAUAAAAAGUCCAAGGACCGCAGUCUGCAGUUCAAGAGCUUCGAUCUCAGCGACGAUGAUACCUAUGUCUUGAAGCUGAACUGGCGCACUCGGUAUGCCUGUGAUGAUUACCAGCGUGGGAAGCAGAAUAACUCGAAUUCCUGGGGUUUCUUCACUUGGAUGAUUAUCAUUGUCUUCCUCUGCGUCGCCGCCUACCUCAUCUUCGGCUCCUGGCUCAACUACAACCGCUACGGCGCCCGUGGCUGGGACCUUCUCCCGCACGGCGAUACCCUCCGCGACAUUCCCUACCUCUUCAAAGACUGGGUCCGAAGCGUGAUCAACACACUGCAAGGGUCCGGGUCGAGAGGCGGGUACAGCGCGGUAUAA